GGUACUGUACAGUUUUUGCAGCCACCGCGCGAGUCUCGCUACCACAAACAGCAAUAUCGUCGGCGCCGGCCUCAGCAACCUCAAGACCAAGGUAUGGCGAACUUAUGCUCGUUUGUAGCAUGAAUGAGAGAUAUUGACCAUUUGAUUCUGUCCAGGUAAUCGUUCGUCGUUAAUGUGAGUGUCGAUUUGCCAAAGAAUAGACGGAAGAGGCGCGAUGUCGAGAGUGAAGUUGUGGUCAUGUUAACGGUGGAAAUGGGGUGGAGGGCAAGACCUUAUGCUGGAAUGGUGUCUUGAGGAAUCAGUUGGGAGGGGAGACGACGAUCCAUUUAAAUUCUGGCAAGUGAUGUAAAGCUCUAAUUACUGGCUUUGUUCUGUCCAGUUUCAGCAAUGGCCCAACGUGUCACCAUCCGCAAGAGGACUCCUUACAACACCAGAUCCAACCGCAGACGAGUGGUCAAGACACCCGGUGGAAAGCUUGUUUACCACCACAUCAAAAAGCUUGCUACUGCUCCCAAGUGCGGUGACUGCGGCAUUGCUCUUCCCGGUGUCCCUGCUCUCCGCCCCCGUCAGUACGCCACCAUUUCCAAGACGAAGAAGACUGUUCGCAGGGCGUACGGUGGUUCAAGAUGCGGUGACUGCGUCAAGCAGCGUAUUCUCCGAGCAUUCUUGGUUGAGGAGGCCAAGAUUGUCAAGAAGGUUAUCAAGUCGCAACAGCAACAGAAGGGCCGCAAGUAAAUCAUCCUUACUUGGCGGGACUGUUUUGCUAGUUUUCUUCUUACACGGAGUUUGACGGGUUUCCGGGGAUACAUACUCCUUACUUGCACCUCUUUUAUGGCGACGACGCACAUGCCCUCUCUCCACCUCCUUGCAUGCAUAUGUAUUGCUAUCGUUACGACAAACAAAAGUAUGACCGAUGAGGUCGGUAUGCGCAUGUGUGUCCAUCGGCUUCAGCAACGUCUACGUCUGCUUUUUCUUUCCGCUUGGGCUGGUCUGUCUUAAUAUUCCCCAGACGUUAUGUAGCCCUCCACGGGUUGUGCAAGGAACGUUUUCCUUCUCUGAUGUUGCGUUGAACUGAGCUUGAGGCGGCACCUAGUGCCCAGCCCGUCAUAUUUACUUUCAUAGUGAGAGAAUGACCACGGUAUUCGUGUAUUCGGCCUGUUGAAACUUUCUGAGGAAUUCAGAGAAGUUAUU